CCGGGCUCACCCUGGCGUCCCCAGCUGGGAUGGAGUGGUCUGCUGCCGCCCCUGCUCCUCUGGGCCGUCUGUGGCAUGUCCCAGCCGGCCACCGCCACCGCCGCCGCCCCCGGGCCGGAAACGCUGACCAUCGCCGUGGUCCUGCCCCAGAACAACCCCGCCUACCCCUGGACCUGGCAGAGGUGGGGCCCGGCCGUCCGGCUGGCCAGGGACGCCAUCAACCGCGACCCCGCCCUGCUGCCCAGACACCGCCUUCGCUACGUCUUCGGCAACUGCGAGGACAACCAGGGCAUCUGCUCGGAGGGCAUCGCCCCGCUGGUGGCCAUGGAGCUGAAGUUCACCAACAACCCCGACGUCUUCGUGGGGCCCGGCUGUGUCUACGCCGCCGCCCCUGUGGCCCGCUUCACUGGCCACUGGAACAUCCCGAUGGUGACAGCCGGAGCCCCGGCUUACGGCUUCACCCAGAAAUCACGUGGAGUACCCCACUGCUCACCCGGAGCGGCCCCUCACACGGGCAAGCUGGGGGAGUACGUAGCCCACCUCCACCGCCGCUUCAACUGGACCAGGAGGGCCCUGAUCAUCUACAACGACGAGAAGGUUGACGACCGGCCCUGCUUCUUCGCUGUGGAGGGCUUGUACCAGGAGGUGCUGGCCUUCAAGAAACCUGACCGUGGUCUACAUCCCCUUCAAGGAGAGUGGACUGUCGACUACGACUAUCUCAUCCAGGAGAUUGUCCAGAAGGGCCGGAUCGUGUAUGUCUGCUGCUCUCCCAACACUUUCCGCCAGCUGAUCCUGAACGCCAGGCGGGCAGGCAUGACUGGCGGGGACUUCGCCUUCUUCCACGUGGACGUGUUUGGGGAAAGCCUGCAGAAAGCGCCGCUGUUGCCGUGGAGACGGUGGGACGAGGAUGACCCCGAAACCAAGGAGGCCUAUGCGGCAGUGAUGAUUAUAACGUACAGGGAACCUGAGAACCCAGAGUAUGGCCAAUUCGUGCAGGACCUCAAACAUUAUGCUGCGCAGUACUUCAACUUCACCAUCGAGGACACCCUGAUGAAUUACAUUGCGGGCUCUUUCUACGAUGGCAUUAUGCUGUAUGCCCAUGCUCUGAAUGAGACGCUGGCAGGAGGGGGCACCACCAGGGAUGCGAUGGCCAUCACCAAGCAGAUGUGGAAUCGAACCUUCCGAGGGGUGACCGGGUUCCUGAAGAUGGAUGAAAAUGGAGAUCGAGAGAAUGACUACUCACUCUGGGACAUGACGGACACAGAUUCCGGAACCUUCCAGGUGGUAGAGCACUACAACGGGACCAUGAAGAAGAUCCUGCCCAUAGCCGGGGUGGAGAUUCACUGGCCCGGGAACACUGUGCCCGAAGACGUUCCCCACUGCGGCUUCGACAAUGAAAAUCCUGCCUGCCAGAAAGGAAGAGCGUUCUCGAUGCUCGAAGUCCUCUCCAUCAUCGUUAUUCUGAUUCUUCUCAUCAUUACCAGCAGCUCGAUUCUGAUCUAUAGGAAGUUUAGACUGGAGAAGGAGCUGGCCAGUGAGCUGUGGCGCAUCCGUUGGGAGGACAUCCAGCUCAGUAACCUGGAAAAGAACCUCCGGAGUGCAGGCAGCAAGCUGACCCUCUCACUGCGAGGAUCGAACUUUGGCUCUUUCCUAUCGAAUGAAGGCCAAUACCAGGUUUAUGCCAAGACAGGAUAUUACAAGGGAAAUAUAGUGGCCAUUAAACACAUCAACCGGAGGAGGGUGGAGCUGGCUCGGAACGUCCUCUUCGAGCUCAAACACAUGAGGGACGUGCAAAAUGAGCAUCUGACCCGAUUCAUCGGGGUCUGCAUUGACCUCCCAAACAUCUGCAUCAUCACAGAAUACUGCCCCCGGGGGAGUUUACAGGACAUUCUGGAAAAUGAGAGCAUUACCCUAGACUGGAUGUUCCGAUAUUCCCUGAUCAACGACAUUGUCAAGGGAAUGGCUUUCCUUCACAACAGCGUCAUCGGUUGCCACGGGAACCUCAAGUCCUCCAACUGCGUGGUGGACAGCAGGUUUGUGCUGAAGAUCGCGGACUACGGACUGGCCACCUUCCGAUCCACGCUCAACUCCGAGGACCAGCAUUCACUCUACGCAAAGAAACUGUGGACGGCCCCAGAGAUCCUGCGGAUGGAAAGUCCCUCCACAGGAACGCAGAAGGGAGAUGUGUACAGUUUCGGCAUCAUCCUACAGGAGAUUGGACUCCGGAGGGGACCCUUCUACAUUGAGGGCUUGGACCUCAGUCCCAAAGAAAUUAUUGAGAAGGUGAAAGGUCAGCAGCGGCCACCCUUCCGUCCAAGCACGGACAUGAGCGUGGAGGAGAUCAGCCUGCUGAUGCAGCGGUGCUGGUCUGAAGAUGUCCUCGAGAGGCCAGAUUUCAACCAGAUCAAAGUUCUCCUGCGUAAGCUCAACAGGGAGAACAGCUCCAACAUUCUGAACAACCUGCUGUCGAGGAUGGAGCAGUACGCCAACAACCUGGAGGAGCUGGUGGAGGACCGGACGCAGGCGUACCUGGAGGAGAAGCGUAAAGCCGAGGCGCUGCUCUACCAGAUCCUGCCGCACUCGGUGGCCGAGCAGUUGAAGAGGGGCGAGACAGUCCAGGCGGAGGCAUUCGAUAGCGUUACCAUCUACUUCAGCGAUAUCGUGGGGUUCACUGCCAUGUCUGCCGAGAGCACCCCAAUGCAGGUCGUGACAUUGCUCAAUGAUCUCUACACCUGCUUUGAUGCCAUUAUCGACAACUUUGAUGUUUACAAAGUGGAGACAAUUGGAGAUGCCUACAUGGUGGUGUCUGGCCUUCCGGAGCGAAACGGGAAGCUCCAUGCCCGGGAAGUGGCCCGGAUGUCCCUGGCCCUGCUGGAAGCGGUUAAGACAUUUAAAACCCGCCAUCGGCCAGACCAGCAGCUGAGGCUCAGAAUUGGAAUCCACACAGGGCCGGUGUGCGCGGGCGUAGUGGGGUUAAAGAUGCCUCGCUACUGCCUGUUCGGGGACACGGUGAACACGGCCUCUCGCAUGGAGUCCAACGGCGAAGCCCUGAAGAUCCACAUGUCCUCUGCCACAAAGGACGUGCUGGAGGAGUUCAGCUGCUUUGUGCUUGAUUUGCGAGGUGAUAUCGAGUUGAAGGGGAAAGGGAAGAUGAGAACGUACUGGCUGCUGGGAGAGCGGCCUGCCAGCAGCCACGGCUGACAGCUCACUGCCUCUCUCCACUGCUCCCGCUCUCUGUCUCACACUGCCCGUCCUCCUCGUGCUCUGGGUUCUUGAGAUGAAGGGGGAUCCUUCUCUGCACCCUGGCGUGGCACAGCACCAUUUCAGGAGUGCGGUGUCUCUGACAGCUGAUGCCGGCCAGGAGCAGGAGGAGCAGACGGUCCCCUGCUCGAUUCCGGCUCACUCAGACUCCUCGUCGUUCUCGUGGCUCUUUGUGUGUCGGUCAGACCUGCGCGACCUUACAAGUGGAUCCUGUUUGCUUUUGUUGAUAUUAAAACCAACAACAUAAAUCUGCCA